AUGCAGCCUUUAUUUUUCCUAUUAAUUUAUUGAAAAAAUGCACUCACUGUAAGAUUUGUAAAAAUGUCAAAUAAAUCAUCUGGAUGCCUAGUAUCAUUUUUUGGAUGCUGCAGAAGGCCAAAGCGAAAUGCUAUAAGUGUUGAUAGCCGAGGAACGUUACAUAAUUACCGAGAAAUGAUGGUUCAAAGUGUAUGUACCCAAACAAGUGAAAAUCAUGCUUUAAACCAUACAAGUUUUAAUCAAGAUAAAAUAGUGAUAAGCACUCCUGCAUCAUUCAAGCCUGUUAUUGUAGUAAAAAAAGGGAAAACUUUUGAACCACAGUCACCGACAGCUGAGUCAAAAUCAAAUAUUCUUUAUUAGACUUGGCAGGAUAUUUAAAAAGUUGAUUUUUAAAAAAUAAGAAUUUUCUAUAAAAAUUAGACUAAUAGAGCAUAUACAAAAAUCUGGGGAUUUCGGCUCAUCAAUUGUAUCAGCUUUUCAAAAUGAUGCAGGAGACACAAUACCUAUCGACAGCAGCCAAGAAGCUUUAUUAUCUCCACGUACAUUUAGACAAAUUUUUAAGGACGGAAAUAAUAAUAUUUCGUGAAGCAAGUCUUUUUCGAGAUUAAAUCCACUACCAAAUCCUUUUGUGUAUGAUACUAUGCCAAUUGGUAAAAAGUGAAAACUUGGUGUGUGCCUUUUAAGCAGAAAAUAAUUUCUGUGCCAAAAACUAAAAAUUAUCAAUAUAAAAAACCUUAUUUAUAUAUAUAAAGCAUCCAAUAUUUCUGAAAUUGGUAUAAAAUUUUAAGACCCAAGCUAGUUCCUAUCACUCCAGAUGCUUUUUCAAAAAGAAUGCCUGGAACCCAUAGGGAAUCCAGGAGAAAAGAGCAAUUUGAUUACCUUGACAAAAACAGGCUGCCUUUUAAGAAGAGUGUAGAAGAAUUACCGAAAAUAAAUACGAGAUACUUCCAAGGAAGAGAACAAGGACAAGUGGAAGCAUAA